AUGAGUUCGAAUGCUUUUAAGGUCAUCAUCGUCGGUGGUGGCCCGGUCGGCUUGACAGCCGCACACUCCCUCUCACAGGCAAACCUCGACUUUGUUGUGCUGGAGCGCCGCACCAAGAUUGUUGAAGAUGCCGGCUCAAAUCUGGUUCUACUCCCUAUCGGAUUACGUGUAUUGAGCCAGCUGGGCAUGCUGCCCAAGAUCGAGAGUGUCAGCUCGCCGAUGAGCCGUUUCAGGCGUAUCGAUUACAACGGACGCGAUAUUGGUGAUACCCUGUGGUUUACACAUUCCAAGGAAAAGUCAGUUAACAUGCCUGUAGCAGACUCUAGCCUCUUGAUAUCUAUUGCUAACGAUGAUUAUAUAGCCAUAGUACCUAUCCACGAGUGA